AAUAAUUGCUCAAGUGAAUAUCGGAGGCAGAGGAGUUAGCUAAUAUUACCUUCACGUUGAUAACGUAUAGCACUAAGCCUCAGUAUCUAUCGUUAGACAUGGGGCAGGAGGAGCUCAUGAGUCAAGCUGAAGAUGUGGCGGACCAGUUCUUGCGAGUGACUAAGCAGUACCUGCCUCACCUGGCCCGGCUGUGUCUAAUCAGCACCUUUCUGGAGGACGGCAUACGCAUGUGGUUCCAGUGGAAUGAGCAGAAGGACUACAUUGAGGCCACGUGGGGCUGCGGCUACUUCCUGGCUACCUGCUUCGUACUGCUCAACCUCACAGGACAGCUUGGUGGCUGUGUCCUUAUCCUCAGUAGACAUUUUGUACAGUAUGCCUGCUUUGGAUUAUUUGGAAUCAUAGCUUUACAGACGGUUGCAUACAGUAUUUUAUGGGAUAUAAAAUUUCUGAUGAGGAACCUUGCCCUGGGCGGUGGACUCCUGCUGUUACUAGCGGAGUCGCGUUCAGAAGGGAAGAGCAUGUUCGCUGGUGUCCCCUCCAUGGGAGAGAGCUCGCCAAAGCAGUACAUGCAGCUGGGAGGGAGAGUCCUGCUGGUGCUCAUGUUCAUGACCCUGCUGCACUUUGACCCCAGCUUCUUCUCGAUCCUCCAGAACAUGGUGGGUACGGCCCUCAUUAUCCUGGUAGCCAUCGGCUUCAAGACCAAGCUGGCAGCCCUGACCCUGGUAAUAUGGCUGCUGGCCAUCAACAUCUACUUCAACGCCUUCUGGGCGGUGCCCGCCUACAAGCCCAUGCAUGACUUCCUCAAGUACGACUUCUUCCAGACCACGUCCGUCAUCGGAGGGCUGCUGUUGGUCGUAGCACUGGGGCCCGGCGGGGUGUCCAUGGAUGAGAAGAAGAAGGAGUGGUAGGGAGAGGGGGAUACACAUUUUUCUGGCCAACCACAUCCACAGCAACCUCCCCCUCCGCCACUCUUGUCUCGUCCUUUCUUUUCUUUUUU